AUUUAUGGGAUUACAAAUCAUAGAAAACAUAAAGUAUUAUUGUAGUUUAUUGUCUAUUGGAGUGUCUAUUAGUGUAAACAAGUUGUAUGUUCUUCUUUCAAAAGAGUAGCUUUAGGUGAAUGGCAGAUCCGAAAAUAGCUUUUGAGAAUCGUCCUAUUGUACGAUGUAUCCGCCAUGAUACAAAUUUUGCAAAAGUCUUACUGACUGUGCGUGAAAGCUCCUUGGAGGAACUUUCAGCACUGUGUCCUCAAUCAAAAGCUUCACUUUUAUUUUAUGCGGUUCAACGCUCACAUGAUAUUGAAGUACAAGAAUUAUGCCGUCUGUUAUGUCAAGAACUUUGUGUGUGUAAUCCAAAUCAUGUGGAUCACAAUCAACAAACCGCAUUGUUUUUCGCAGCGCGUGAUGGCCAUGUGGAAGCCGUACGACUCUUGCUUUCUUUAGGAUGUUCUGCUGGGCAUCGCGAUUCCGUUGAACAAACCGCUUUGUUUUAUGCUGCACGGGAUGGACGAGACAAAGUUCUUGAAAUACUUUUAGAAAAUGGUGUCAAUAUUAAUGAUGCUGAUCGAUUAGGUCAAACAGCGUUGUUUUACGGUGCAAGGGAUGGAAGAACGUCAACCGUUGAAUUAAUGCUAAAGCAUGGUGCUAAUAUUCAUUUAAACGAUCGAAACCGGCGGACAGCACUAUACUAUGCCACCCGAAGUAACCACCCUGAGGUGAUUGCUUUAUUGAAAUCCUACGAAGACGUGCAAUCAGCACCGUGUGAUCGACAAGAUUCCAAUUUAAAAAAAAAUUUAGAACCGUUAGGAAAGAGUACGAAUUCUGAUUCGAAUGGGUCUCAACUGACUACUUUGAAUAAUAAUAACGACGCGUGUUAUCAACCGAAUAAACGUACACGUUUGAAUGACACAUUGAAUGAGACAGAAAAAGAUUUCGCAAAAGAUGCUGUUCCAGAGAAUGUUCGACCCACACACCGUCGCUGUUAUCGAUUAUGCAUCAAAGGUCCGGAAACAAUACAACCUGAAAUCCAAUGGCUUUCAGCUCCACUUGAACAAAUCCAAGUUUUUGAAUCCUUGCUACCGUCUAUUGCUGUGUGGUCUCGUGAAAGUCAUUGUCCAGUUACCGAUAUUUUUAUGAGUAUUCGAGCCAUGUGGCAACCGAUCGCCUUAAGGUAUAGUGUUUUAGACGAACUUUCACAGGACAAAGAAGGUUGGAUUUUCCAAAAACCUGUUGAUUGUAAAGCGUGGAAAUGCCCAGACUAUUAUGAUGUCAUUAAGAAUCCUAUGGAUUUUUUCACAAUGCGUAAGAAAUUCAAGGCUCAACUUUAUCCACGUUGUCAGGAUUUUGUUAAUGAUAUGGAAUUAAUUUUUGCUAAUUGUUUUCGAUAUAAUCGACCGGAAAGUAAUGUAGCUGUUUUUGGACGUUCUAUACAAGCUCACUACAAAGCAUUAGCUUUAGAAAAAGGAUUUGAACGUUGGAUCACUAUUGAAAAUGAAAUAGAUCAAUGGUAUAAAUCAAUGUAUCAAUCAAAGAAAAAUGAAUUUGAAAAGUUCUCUAACGAUCGUUCUAACGAACUUAAUGUAAGCACGUCUAUGAUUACAAAUGUUCGAUAACC